GAUGUACUGUGCCGAUGUAGUAGAUGGGACCAGGCAGUGAGUCGGGCGCGUGAGAUGAAAUCUGUACCGGGAUCUGUAUUCACUUGUUUGCUGAGUAACCGAUAUAGAGUGAUUCUAUAGACAAUCUAAGCAAAAGAGAUACUCGAAUCUUAAAUUGAUUCUCCAAGAAAUAACGAUUUUAAGGACCUGAUCUAAUGUUAAAUAGCAACAGUGUUUUCCAUCACACUCAUUAAAUCUCAACGCAUGACGGAGGAGAUUCGCCGCCAAAGCUCCCCGCACGGAAGCGGGUCGCUGGUAGAUGGAUCGGGGGAUUCGCCACCAGUGAUGUUGAGCUCUCCAGCUGACGAGGAAAACGGCGAGCCCCUCCAGUCUUCCAGUUUUGGUGGAGAAGGAUCCAGCAAACAUAGUACCCUGAGCAACAAGGACAAUGUGUCCACCCAUCAUGUUCAACUAGGCCGGCCUCAGGCACAUCCUUACCCCCACCCAGGCUCCCCAAUCUCGGACGAGGAAAGCCCCUUGUUGGAAGCAAAGCGCUCCACCACCUCAAGUCGAGCAGGCAGUCGUGCUGGUAGCUCUUCAGCUAAAGGCACCUUAGGUUCUCAGAAGGGUAGAGUACACAGGCGUUCCCUAUCUAUGAUUGUUCAGCCAGGCAGUGUUAGAAGGCAUCUGAAUAUUGUGGAGAAUGAGUAUGAUGUAGAGACAGCAAUGAGUGUUCCAGCUACCCCAGUUCCUCAGGUAAGUUGAUUAUGACAAGCUGAAACAAAAUAUAAUAAGAGAGCUGUGAAAUAACAAAAGUCGAAGCAUUUCAUUGUUUCUAUUUGUUUUGAAAAUUAUGUAUACACAGACUAUGAUCCAAGGCAACCUUUUAAUCAUAUACCUAUAUACUUUUUAAAUUAAUUUGAAACUGUAGAUCAUUAAUCAGGGACUUUGUUUAUUUGAAACAGAUUAAGCUUUACAAAUGAAUUAUCAUAAAUAUCAAUUCUAUAGCAUUGUGUAAUCAAAUUGAACAUAAUUGGUGGUUAACAUUCUUGCAUUUCUCUAAGUUUUUACCUGUAGUAUUAUGAUUAUAAGAGAGAGAGAGAGAGUGUGAGAAAGAGAGAGAGAGACAGACAUUUUAAUUUAUUUUCUUCAGCUCUUCAUGUUGGUUGCAUGUAGAAUAUAUACUGUAAUAUACAAACAUUACAAGUGGUUUCUGCUCAUUCAGAACAAAAAACACUUUUGCAAUGAAAUGCCACAGCACUCGUACAAGUGAUACUACCAAUCCACUCAUACUCCGCACAUAAUUCUUCCAUGCUUCAAUAAAUUCUUCCCAUUAUUUAUGAUCAGCAACCUAGCCCAUGCCCCCUCUCAAGCCGGGCACACGUAUGACUCAUUUUCAUUAGAUAUGAAUAUUAACUACCACCAACGGCUUGGUAGGUCGGCUGGGGUAAAAAGCCUAAUCCUAUCUGUAGGGGCUGGCCACCGGUAGGCAUCUUUAGGUAAUCCACUGAAGCAGAGACAAUCAACUUUACUCUGUUCACUUAGAAAUAAGGAAAGAGAAGCGACCACGCAGCCAUUUUGUUAAAGAGAGGUUAAUGACAUAUUGGAAUGGUGAAUAGACCAUGAGAUGGAAUGGUUUUAUCAGGUUUACACUGUGUUUAUUGAAUUCUGACACUGAGGGUGUACUGUAAUUAAUGCAGUAAAUCCUCAAAUUAAUUAGAUAUGAUUGUAGUACUGAUGAUGCAAGGUGUCUUCAUUUUAAUUACACGCGUGUAUGCUGUAGUUGUGUGUGAUGUGGGGGCUGCUAGAGAUUGCCCAUAAUACUGUGUUCAUUACAGGUGUAGUUGAUUGUUUUCAUUCAUCCAUUUAAUUUCAUUCAUUCAUUUGAUUUCAUUGACAUUUCAGGGUGUAUAUUUGCAUACAUUUGUUAAGAUGCUGUAUUUUUCCAGAAUAAUCUCUCUCCCACCCCCCCCCCC